GCACAGACCGAUGAACGGCAGGCCGGGCGGUACGUGCGUGUGUGUGUGAGAGAGAGAGGGAGGUGAUGCUCGGCGUCCCGAUGCUGCUCCAGCCGUGGAGUGUGGACUGACGGACCAAAAUAGAAGACAGAGCCAUCCUCGAUUGUUUUUUUUUUAAGCAGCUAUUCAUUUUAAUCGCACAUUACUGAAGGGAUGCAGUCCCAGGGCAGCACCUCCUCUCAGCCCUCCUUUGAUUCCCUGAGCUCCAGUGAUAGCCUCUUGUUCAGCGAUUCAGAGCAGACAGAGGACGACACAGACGUCUUCCUGACAGACAGCUCUCCCUCUGUCAUCAUAGGUGGGACAGGCGGGGCUACGGCAAGUGGAAAUGGGGGAUCAGACAGCCCCGGGUCACAGUGGACCUGUGACGGCUUCACCGAUAAAGAGGAAGAGGAGGACUCGUACAGGUCAGAGAGUGGCGGCAAAGCAGCUCACAUCAGCCUGGGGAAGACGAAGCCGACGAGUCAGACCUCAAAAUCACAGGGAGAUCUGCUGUUUGCUCAGAAGUGUGCUGAGCUGCAGGGUUUCAUCAGGCCCCUGCUAGAGCUGCUGAAUGGACUGAAGAGGGGCAGAUUCGACCGGGGGUUGAGUAGUUUCCAGCAGAGCGUGGCCAUGGAUCGUAUCCAGAGGAUUGUUGGGAUUUUACAGAGACCCGACUGCGGGGAGAAGUAUCUGAACACUCUGCUUCAGGUGGAGAUGAUGCUAAAACUUUGGUUUCCCCAAAUUCCCAUUCAGCCUGUGUCUGCAGCCUCCAGUGUCGCCUCAUCCCCCACCUGCUCCCUCCGGGAUGCUCCUGGCUCCACCCCGCCGCACAAACACAGGGAUCAGUUACAUAUUCCCGUUAAGAAGCGCAGACUCAGCUGGACGGGUACAGACUCCCCCACGCCUUCCCCUGUACCUCUCAAGUGCCCUCAUAUCAAUGCAGGAGAGAACAGGGUGAAAAAAGAUCACGAUAAGGGGGAUGGACCUUCUUCCUCUCUGUCACUAGCAGCCGAUGCAAAUCAAAGUUUGCCAGAUGCAGCCAGUAGCAGCAGCCAGCUAAAUGAUGACAAAAAUGGUGAAAAAGACAGUGACAGCAAGGAACAUGGGAAGCUGUCGAAGUACAAAGCAGGUCAGAGCUCUGAGCCGAGCCUGACGUGGGUUCACGUUGCACCGAUCCUGUCCCCACGAAAGACCUGCCUCUCGCACGAUGUCCUCACAGCCAGCAGGAGGGGGAGUCCAGCUACACAGGACAGCUCCAUCUCUUCCACCACACCUUACAAGCACCCCAAAAAUCUGAAGAAGCCAAUCCGGUGCCAAAGCCAGCCUGCUGCUGGGCAAAAGAGUGAGAGGGGGACCACUGAGACACGUCAGGGUCAGAGCCAGUCUCCCCCUGUUACACUUAAGCCUUUGCCUGGGGCGUGCCCCACCACCUUAGAGACCUGAUUUACUGAAUCAGCAAAGAACUGGCAGCCUUGCUUUGUUACACCACUGGGCUAAAAGCUGCUGCAACAGGAAGAAGGGAAGAGGCUGAAGGCCUGUGAUUAUACAUGCAUUAAUGAGAAGAAGUGAGGAAAUAUUUGUUGCUGAUAGAUAUUGAAAACAAUGAUGGAUCAAACAUAACCUAUCAUCCAGACCACAGUUAAAACAGUCAUUUCAAACAACAGGACAUAAUAACAGUUAUCACAUUUAUAAUCUAAACAUGUGCAGAAAGGUCGUUGUGAAGGUUCAAAAGCAAUGUACAGGUAAUGAGAGAGAUUCUAAAGAAUUUAGAGGAGUAGAUAACCUCCUCCUCUUCAGCAUGAAAGCAAUCAAUACAAAAAAAAGAAACUACUAUAGGUGACUGUUUCAGCAGACACCGAACUUGAAAGAAACUUUCUGAAAAUAGAAAAACUGAUGUCAGUAAUCAAAAUGAAAGCUUCCAGGGUUUAUUUUGAUGAGGCUAAACAGAGUGAGCUGAUUCUAGUCUUACGGCAGGCGGCACGUUUUUCUUUACAUUCUUUUGUAGAUCUGCUUUGGAGAGGAAAAAGUGACACUGGGGUAACUGAAAAUCUUGUUGCUAGUGAUGUGAGCAAUGAGGUGGUACGUGUGCUGUGUUGGAGCCAUCGGAGACGGUGGAAAAAUGAUGUCACUACUCCCGAAUGUAAUCCAAGAAUUGUUUGGGCACUCGGCUGGCAGAUCAGCAGCAUCGACGAGGAGUGACAUCGCACUGACCAGAGGUCACAUAACUUUUCCUGUCCUGUCGUGGAUCAGAUGUUUCCUGAUGGUCUCUGACGGCAAACCAUUACAAUCCCAGACUUUUAAUAGACCAGCUGACGGAGUGAACAAGGACCACUAAAAGACAUGUGACUCUCGCCUCAGUUACAGUUAAUUUAUUCAUGUGUUGAUCUGAUACUGCAUCUAUUUAUUGUUUAUAUUUAUUUAUUGGGCAGCUCACUAUCACCUGCUGUGCGCUUGCAUAGUUUGGCCUACAGUUUUUUUUUUGUUUUUUUUUUUUGAGGUGAUUGGAAAGAUGCUGUUGACAUUUUCUUGUGGUUUUUACUGCUAUCAUGAGGAGGGGAAAAAGAAGUGAAAUCUUAAGAUUGGUCUCUUGGACUACUGUGCCUUUUUACCAAAUAGGAUGUGUUUUUCAAAAGAAAAAAAAAGAAAGAAAAGCAUUCGAUGCUUUCAGUGCAUUCAUACUGCGUUUUGAUUGUUUGCUUGUAUUUCACAAAACCAGUACACAUUCAAUCGUGAAAGCCAAUAUGUAGUCAUCCUUCCUCUGAAGUCACACACAGCUUAAAAACCCAACAUCAUCGACUGUGAUUCUUACAAAACCGGCAUCCAGCUCUCGCAUCCCAGCAUCUACAGCUCAUCAGAACAGCCUGCAUCUCUGACCAUUACACACACCAACAGCAGUGGCUACUGUCUGUCAUGUAGUAUUUAAGUGUUCCUUUGGGGCUUUUCUUUUGGUUCUGAUCAGGAGAGAAACAGACUGAACUGCACUUAUUGAUGGUGCUCUUGAAAACUUGAAAACACAGAGAAAAUAUAAAUGUAAGGGAGGAAAUCUUGCACCACCCUCUACGGCUGCUAUUGUUGUUCUGAAUUACAUGUUUCAUUGGAGGCUUGCUCUUUGAAUUGGAAAUCCACUUAUAGUAUUCAUCGAAAUGUUGAAGGGGUUUUAGUAACGUGAUUAGAUUGAUCUAUUUUGUAAAUAACUGGACUGGAAUUAUGUUGAAUUGGUAUGAGAGGCUCAUAUGUUAUUUACAGAACUAUAAAUUGGGGGGGGGGGGGGGGUAUUUACAUUACUAGACUCCUCCAAAAAGCACCACGUGUGAACACAGUGCCACCGGCAGCCAACGUGUUACUGCCUGUUUGUUUUGUUCUUUUUAGCACGGAGUAUACAAACCCUCAGUCACAGAUCCAGCAUGAGUCUGUUAUCCUGCUACCAUACAUCAGAUGCUGACUCUAGAUCAGAGGCUGGGGGUGUCUUCCACCCCACUCCUGUGUUUUAUUUUUUUAAUAUGGUUGUGGUAUGACAAAUAAACCAAUUGCACUUAUUUUUCAUUAUGUCCUUUUUCAUGUAUGUUUUCUACUGCAGCGACCACUGCUUUUUGGUCAUAAAUAAUGUCUUGUUUAUUUCAGCUGCCUUCUUCUUCUUCUUCUUCUUCGUCUUUGACUCACUACAUUUUAAAAGCUGACUGUAGUUGCCCCCUUGCUUCCCUUCCCCCACUCUGCUGCACUCGUCUGCCCCUGCCCUCUCCUCUCCUUCAUCUCCUUCAAUCCUGUUAGUAUAUUUUUUGUCUAAACUAAACUCUGUCUUUCACUCACCCCAUUUUUAUGUGAUAUUGCUCUUCGGGCUUUGUUUUUUUUUUUUUUCCAAUAAUGAUCCAAAA